AUGGAAGCCAUGAAGGAAAAAAAGCCCUGGAAAAAUGACAAGCUGAGAAAGCUAGGGUUGGCCUGGGACGAAAGGAACGGGCUAAUCAGAUGUUACGGCCGGCAAGAAAACUGGUUGCGGCUCAACGGCCGAAAAGCGGUGAUCUUGCUACCAGAGAACCACUACUUGACGGGCAAACUCAUAGAGCAGACGCACGAGCGGCUACUGCAUACUGGAGUGUGCACGACAAUGGUGGAAAUAAGGCGGACGUUUUGGAUCCCAAGACUGAGACAGACGAUAAAGAAAGUAUUAAGGAGGUGCAUUAAGUGCCAGAAAUUAGAUUCAAGGCCAUUCAACGAAGUACCGGCACCCCUACCGGUAGAUAGACUGCAAAUGGCAAACCCGUUCAACGUGACGGGGAUUGAUUUUGCGGGACCUUUCCCGAUAAGGCUCACAGCGAGAAGUGGGCAAGCGAAAGCUUAUAUUUGUCUAUUUACGUUUGCGGUGACGAGAGCCGUGGACUUAGAAAUGACUACAGACCAAGAAGCGGCGACCUACAUCUUUGCCCUGAGAAGGUUUUUUGCAAGGAGAGGGGUGCCGAAAGCCAUGUAUUCAGACAACGGUAGAACGUUUACGCAAGCCGCCAAGUAUUUGAGAGCGGCCUACAAAAGUGAGAAGGUGUAUAAUACACUGGUAGACCUGAAUGUCAAAUAA